CUGAAGUUGUAGAAAUGAGCGUCUCGUCACAAGCUGGCGUGAGUCGUAAGGCUUUGUGGAAAGGCUGCGGCCGCUUCCGGUCGUGGCAUCCUCGCACGGAUAGCGCAUGGCGAAGCCCUCCAACCCCACGCCAGCGAGGCUCUUUUUGAGUUCGACUAUAUGGCCUCAUGAGGCCAUAGCGAGAUGGAUGUGAUGUGCAUCCGUGGUUCCGACGAACUCUUCUCGAAUCGCCAUGCGUUACAGCACAUAGUACAAUCGUCUAUGUAUAAGGCAGCAAUCUCGGAGAAUUAUCGAUGGAGAAGUCCGCUGUCUUCUGUGAGGGCGAUGUGCACAUCAUCGACCUUGCUUCUGAUUUUGGCUCGAUCUUCUCCCUCUCCAGCGAUCAAGCAGUCACCGACAUCAAGGGCGAUGAUGCAUCUCACCUGUCAGGGUGGCAGACACCGCAGUCUCAAACCACCGAAUCCCACAAAGUUGGGACGGACGAUUCGCCAUUACCCCAGCCACUUUCGCCGUCUGCGGACGAUGCGAAGACGGCCAAGUACCGCUUCUUCCGAGACAUCAAGUUCUUCCGGAUGGGAAAGACGAGGAAAGAGAGCAACAGCGGCGACAAGCAACUCAGCAGCCCGCCGGCUACACCUACCGCUGCCGCGCUCCCAGAGAUAACGAGACCGCGCACCGCGCGGCUGAACAAGUCGAAAUCGUCGCCAUACCUUCUAAAGAAGUUUGGGCAAUCACAACCCGAUCUUACGUUCACUGGCAGUCCCAUGAGGUCGCUGCCCGUGCGAUCGCGCUCGGGCACGGAUGCUGUGUGGAAGGGCGAGGUCUCGAUGCCGCCGCCAGUACCACCUUUGACGCCGAGACCUGCACGGCCGCGGCGAUCGGACGACGAACAAUACUGGUCGCAAUUAAUAUCAGCAACACAGCAGCCGGCAAUCACUCCAUUGAAAUCUCCCAAGCGGGUCGCGAAUGAUCAUACGGACGUUCUCAUGCGGCCUGCGACGGCGAACACGGCCCCAAAAACUCCGCAGCGGCCGAGUUCCGGCUCCUUCUUCUCUCCUCACAUCGACAGUUCUUUCUCCCCCUCUACCGGCCGAUCCGCCAUCACAUUACAAACACCGCCGCCCAAACGGCCUGCAAACCCCACACCCAACUCAUCGCCCUUGCCCGCGCCAUCAUUGCUCACGCCCGCAACGUCGAAAGACAGCUGCUCUCCCAUCGCAACAUACCGGCCGCGGGUGCCGAGCUACAUCGCACGCAUCGAAGACAUCGCAGACGGCCUUCAGCGCACGGGCGUGGAGAUCGAGCAGCAUUUGAAGGCGCUGGAGGAGCACCUGCGCGAGGUGCGCAUGACAUUUCGCGAGGCGGAGCGAUGGAAGCAGCAGCUCGAGGAUACGCGAGCGCUGGUGGGGAACACGAAGAUCUUCCACCGGGAACUCGACCACAUUGCUCGCGGGCGGAAGAGAGCGGAUGUCGUGGUGGAGACGGACCACUUCCCUAUGGCGUGCAGCGUGGGCGGCGGCGGAGGAGGCGAUGUGUUCUGAUGAGAUGCUUUUGAUGAUUUGUUGGAUGAGCGUUGUUUCAGCGGCGAUAACCCUUGCGAUGCGUGUUGGCCUUGUUGGUGGACAGAGGCCGUAAUACCGAAUUGUGUGUAAUUCGAUUAGCUUUAGUGUUAAUGGACCGCCGAUCACGGGCUGGUCAAUUGGACCCGUAUACUGCAGAGGACUGAUUAUACAUUGCAAAGGCUCCGG